GAAUGAAAAUGUCUUGGAAUUAGAUACAGGUGGUGGUUGCCGAACAUUGUAAAUGUACUAAAUGCCUGUGAAUUUUUCAGUGUAAAAUGGCUAAUUCUAUGUUAUGUGAAUUUUACCUCAAUUUUUUAAAAAGCUUGUAGCCGCUUCUGCUACGUGUCCCUGGCAUCCAAGGUGUCGGUGGGCAGCAUCAUGGAUCAGAUAAUGCAGUUCGUUGAGCCAAGUCAGCAGUUUGUAAAGGACUCAAUUCGGCUGGUUAAAAGAUGCAACAAACCUGAUAGAAAAGAAUGCCAGAAGGUUGCUAUGGCAACAGCAAUAGGAUUUGCCGUAAUGGGAUUUAUUGGCUUUUUUGUGAAAUCGAUCCAUAUCCCUAUUAAUAACAUCAUUGUUGGUGGCUGAAUAC